AUGACUGACGCUUUGAUGGAUAUAAUCUGCGGUUCAGCAGCUGGCGCAUUGGGGAAACUAAUCGAAUACCCAUUUGAUACAGUUAAAGUAAGAUUGCAGACUUCUCCAUCUGAAAUGUUCCCGAACACAUGGUCAUGUAUUCAAAGUACUUUUCGAAAUGAAGGGUUUUUUAAAGGUUUUUAUCAAGGUGUUGGCUCACCAUUGGUUGGUGCAAUGAUGGAAAAUGCUGUUUUGUUUUUGUCUUACAACCAAUGUUAUAAUUAUAUAAAUAAUAAUUAUGGUACUAUGUCCAAUAAUGAUAAUAGCAACACUUUCAAAAUAUCCCCGAUCUUAAACACAGUUAUAUCUGGUUCUUUUGCGGGAAGUUGUGCCAGUUACGUUUUAACUCCUGUAGAAUUGGUUAAAUGUAAAUUACAAGUUUCUAACUUGCAAAAAGAUAAGGGUAAUCCAACAACUAUAUUGGCAACCAUAAAACAAGUUAUCCGCGAACGUGGUAUAAAAGGGUUAUGGAAGGGCCAAAGUAGUACAUUUUUCAGAGAAGUUUUGGGUGGUGCUGUUUGGUUUACGACAUAUGAAGUUUCAAAACAAUAUUUUACCAAGAACAAAAAUAAAAAUGAUAUCAAAACAUGGCAGUUGUUGUCCAGUGGUGCUGCAGCUGGUGCCGCAUUCAAUAUAAGCACUUUCCCUAUAGAUACUAUUAAGUCUAUGGUACAAAUAGAUUUUAACUUAACUAUAACAAAGGCAAUAAAAACAAUUUUGACUGAAAAGGGUGGAAUUCCAGGAUUUUACCGUGGUCUGGGAAUCACCAUAAUAAGAGCUGUACCUGCCAAUGCCGUUGUUUUUUACACUUACGAAUUAUUGAGUAGUAAAAUGAUACCCAAAAGUACGUUUGUGGAAUCAGCAAAAUAG